AUGUCGGGCAUACCAACCUACACCUCCGCGCCCGUGAACGCCAACUCCUCCACCAAGGAAGAAGACACGCACACCACAACGUCGCACCCCGAACCCGCCACCGCAAUCCAGUCCGGGCUCACGACUCCCCCCCAGCCACCCAAUACUUCUGCGACAGCUACAGCACCGUCGUACUCGCCAAUCUACUCUACCACGCAGACAGGCGGUCCUCCCGCACCUCAGCCCGGUGCGGCGCCUACCUUGCCUACUCCAACGGCGACGACAGCUUCCGGAGGCCAGCAACCACCGCUGGGAAAUGUAGCUGCUACCUCGACGACGCCGUCUGCGCCGACGAGUGCAUCUGCUCAUUCUCCACCGGCGCCCCAGCCCGGUGCGCGUCCUGAGCCUCCUUCUGCGAAUGCAGCAGCUCCGUCUGCUGUUCCUCCACCGCCAAAAGCAGGCGAAUCAAUUCCGCCCUCCCUGUCUUCUCCUGCUCCAGCUCCAGCUACCUCUACAGCAAGCCCACGGAAACCCUUCACCCAAUCCUACUCCUACCAGUCCCCCUCCGUGCAGCAGCAACAAGCAAUCCCAAACUCGACAUCUACCGCCUUCGCCUCGGUAUACCAGUCCCCCGGCUCGGCUGUUAGACCACAGGGCCUACCGACGCAUUAUGGUGGCAGUGGUGGCGGGAGAGGAGGAGGGGCGGAAAGCAUCUUUGCAGACGAGGAUGAGCCCAGUUUGUUCAACACAGCCAAGACGUGGAUGAACACUGCGGGGAACAAGUUAGCAGAGGUCGAGGCCGAGGUCUGGAAGCGGAUUAAUGAUGCACAUGGUGAGAAAUAG